AUGCCCGAGAGAUCCUACGGCAGUACGACGAACGUCGAGCACGGCACAUCAUCCUACGACGACAAUGACGAGUACAUCUCGGCUGACGUGUACCGCGCCAGUAUGCGCCUUGUGCGCCUGCAGAUGAGCAUCCCGCUCAGCGUCCUCAUCGCGCUCGGCACGUUGCUGGUAUGUGGCGCCCUGGUCAAUCCAAGCAUUGGCGAGAUCAGCCUUAUUCAUCCAACCCUCUUGACGCCAAACCACGAAAUGGUUCUUGGAUACACCGCCCUCCUCUUCAUCCUACAGAUCGGGUUCUGUCUCCUCCUCGCAGCGGCCAGCAGCGAGUGGACAAAGAACUCGCUGGUCAAGGGUGUGGGGUUACGGCUUGCCGUUGUCAACUGGCUCACGGCCGCAUGGGCUGUCACAUGGACACUGUCGUUGUUCAAGACCGCCGCAAUCAUUGUCAUUGUUCAGGCCAUCAUCGUCCUUAGCAUCCACAUAACGCUGCAGUCUUACCCGGCCUCUUUUGCGCAUCCUUUGAAUGCCAUCUUCGUCCACACAAUGAUCAACAUGCUGCUCGCACUCACACUCGGCCUAUUGUGGAUGUCGUGCGGUUUCGUCGCACAGGAUUGGGUCAUCGAGAGGCGUAAAGACGCCGCAACCUGGAAGUGGCAGGCCGUCGGCGUCGUCGCUGGCACCCAUGCCGUCGUCUCCCUCUGGGAGUUAUUCAUGAGACAAUACGUCCUCGCCAUCUGCAUGGAGUACCAGGUCCUCACACUGCUCUUGAGCGUACCACACGUGUACCCACCCCUACCGAAUAACCCCAUUGUCAGGCCACCGGCGUACGUCAUCACGCUCAUUGUGCUUCUCGCAAUCCACCCGCUCGUUUGUCUUGCCGGAUGGGCACUCAAGGGCUACAGGGAGCGAGAGGUGCGCAUCGCACUUCAGGAGGAGGCUGAGGCUGCCAACGCCCGCGCCCGUCGUGCCGAGGCACGUUCUCCUCCCCCGCCACCAGUUAGUGCUGAGGUUGCUGAGGACGCUCCGCCUGCCGAGGCCAGAGACACAUCGCUACCGCCCAAGACGAAGAAGAAGGCCGCCGCCAACCCCGAGGAGGAGCCGUUGCUGGAGACGUAG